AUGUCAAAUCAAAUAUAUUCUGCCAAAUAUUCCGGCGUUGAUGUGUACGAGUUUAUACAUCCCACAGGCUCGAUUAUGAAGAGGAAGAGAGACGAUUGGGUUAAUGCUACACAUAUUUUGAAGGCAGCAAAUUUUGCCAAGGCAAGAAGAACUAGAAUCUUAGAGAAGGAGGUCCUAAAGGAAACUCAUGAAAAAGUUCAAGGUGGGUUUGGUAAAUAUCAAGGUACUUGGGUGCCUUUAAAUUUGGCUGAAAACCUAGCAAAAAAAUUUAAUGUGUAUGACGAGUUAAAACCACUCUUUGAUUAUAAGCAUGUCGCAGGAAUGGAGUCACCUCCUCCAGCUCCUAAGCACCAUCAUACAUCGAGAGCAGAUUCGAAGAAGAAAGCUACAAAGAGUGCCAGUAUGUCAGCAUUAACAGAUAAAAAGACCACUAGAACCACAGCUACCCCUGCCAAUGGGAACCCAGUAGUAACGAGAAGAAGAGGUAGACCUCCUAAAGCAUUGCAAGAGAAGAGAGUACUAGGGGCAGGAACUGAUCUGCAAAGGGCUCAAAGUGAUAUGGCCUUUUCAAGAAGUAAUGGCGCUGUCCCCGCAGUAAAAUUAAAUGAUAGUUCUUCAACAAGGAUGUUAGCAAUGGAUCAAGCAAAGUCCAAUAUAAUUCAAUAUAAACCACAAUUUAAAGAAAUUGAUAUAGACGAUGGAUUAUCCAGUGAUAUAGAGCCACAAGGGAAUGAACUUGAAGGAAACAAAAAUAAUCAAAAUAUGAAUUCAAACGGACAAACGACCCGUAAUGAGCCCUCACUUUCGGUUGCGUCAUCACCUUCAUUACCAACGUCUCCAAGUGAUUUUUCUGAUGCAAACCCAUUUGACCAACAAAGAUUUGGUGGUAUAGGAACAUCACCGAUCGUAUCCUCUAUUCCAAAAUACCCUGUUCAAAUGAGACCACCUAGUACAGAUAUAAAUGAUAAAGUUAACAAUUAUUUGUCUAAGCUAGUAGACUAUUUUAUCUCUAAUGAAGUACGCCUCAAUAAGCCUGUUCCACAAGAGCUUUUAACUCCUCCAGCAAAUAGCAGUCCAUACAUCGAUGCCCCAAUUGAUCCCGAACUUCAUACGGCAUUCCACUGGGCAUGUUCAAUGGGUAAUCUAUCAAUUGUCGAGGCUCUAAGUAAUGUUGGUGUAAGUACACGUUCCUUGAAUAGUAAAGGGCAAACACCUUUAAUGAGAAGUGCAAUGUUUCAUAAUUCUUACACAAAGAGAACUUUCCCAAGAAUAUUUCAAUUAUUACAUGAAACUGUAUUUGAUGUAGAUUCUAAUUCUCAAACAGUCAUCCAUCACAUCAUUAAAAGAAAAUCAACGACGCCCUCUGCUGUGUAUUAUUUGGAAAUUUUAUUAUCUAAAAUAAAGGAUUUUGCUCCUCAGUAUCGUAUAGAGUUAUUGUUAAAUGUACAGGAUAACAACGGCGAUACUGCUUUACACAUCGCAGCAAGAAAUAAUGAUAAAACAUUUUUUGAUAUACUUGUGCAGAGUGGUGCCUUGACCACAACUCCAAAUAAAGAAGGGCUUACUCCUGAUUCGAUAAUGAAUAUGCACUAUCAGGAACAAUUAAAUCUGCUGGAUAAUAACCAAGUCGGCAAUGUAUCGGCGGUAAGAUCUAUUUCAAAUAGAAGUCAUAAUAUUCUUAACCUGGAAGGUUCUAUGAUGUCUCCAGGAGAUUUUGUGAUGUAUCCUUCACAAGCUGCCACUAGACUAUCUAGAGGAUUUCCAAAGAUUAUUACCUCUAUGAAAGACCUUGCCGAACAAUAUAACAAAAACCACAAGAAUCAAGAUAAAGAAGUGCAAAAUUUAGAAAAAACGUUAGAGUUUAUCAAAACGAAUAUUAAAGGGAUAAAUUCAAGAACAAUAGAGAUAUUAAGCAAUGGUAAAAAGAAGGAUCAAAUAUAUAAACCACCAAGUAUAAUAUUACCGGCAAAAAUAAGAGAUAAUGAAAAAUUAUUAUCCGACAUUAAGAAAAAUAAACAAAAAUUGAAGGACGAUAUGAAUAAGAGGCAACGUCUUGUUUUGAGUAAAUAUUUGAAGGAUAACUCUGGAGUCAAUAUACCUGUUGGUAAUGAAAACAGAUUAAAGUUAGCAAUUGAAUUAAGUGUACUACAGGAGAGUAGGAAAAAGAAGAUAGACGAUGUUAUUAGUGUUGUUGAGGAUAAUUUCAAGAUACACAAAUAUAGGAAAAUGAUAAGUGAAGGAACAGAAAUAGCUAUCCCUGAUGUAGACAACUGUCUAGAUGUGAUUCUUCAAACUUUAAGUAGAAAUAAUCCAUGA